AUUUAAGGUGCACAUAGCCUCGAGGCUAUCCAAAGGAAAAUCCUAUGAUCCCUUAGCGGAACAUCCCUCUAUCCCUUGGGGUUGUCGAGUUAACAUGAAUAUCACACCGAGGUAUUGAUCCGACGGUUCUAAGAGGCAAAAGACGGUCCAUCUAACGGACCGGAUGAUUUCCAAUAACAGCCCAAGACAUUUCUCGCCCAUCCGAGGAGCUGUUUCUUGACGACUGUGGAGUUGAACGAAACAGUGUACGAAUGAACUGAACUGUGUAGUUCAGUAAAGGCUAUCUCUGUUAGGGUUUCUUCCCGAUUGAAUCUUGACCGCCAGAUUGCGAUUGUCAUCGAUCGGGGAAGAUGAAGGAGGAAGAAGAUCGGCAGGUGACGGAAAUGCAGCGAGAUGAGAAGGCCGACGAUUCGCUCAGCAGACCGGGAAUCUUCGUGAUCGGAUCCUCCAACGUCGGCAAACGGACCCUCCUUUCUCGCUUGCUGUCGGCGGACUUCGAAGACAGGCCUGAUUCGACCCCGGAUGUAUCUGUUCAUGGGUGGAACAUUAAUACGAAGUACUACAACGCGGAUGUUUCUGUGUGGAUGGCUCAUCUCCAUGAGGGCUUCGAUAUAGGUUCCCUGCCUAUAUUCGACCGACUGGAAGCCCUGGUGAUGGUUUUUGAUAUCAGUAAUAUAUCAUCCCUCACGGCACUUCAGGAUUGGGUGUCUAAAAAUGAUAUAAAAAACUUCGAAAUAUUGUUGUGCAUCGGCAACAAAGUGGAUCGCCUACCAGGUCAUCCAGUCCAUGCUGAGUACAGAAGACGCUUGCUGAAGCUUGAGGAUGAAAGUUCUGAUUAUUAUGGAGAACUGACUGAAGGCGGGAUUUCUGAGGCUGAAGGGACCAGUUUAUUGGGUGAAGAAGAACCGUCAUCAGAGAUUAAGAGGUCUUGCUUGGAAUGGUGCAGCACGCACAAUAUUGAAUAUAUUGAAGCCUGUGCCUCCAAUGCUGAUUUUGACAAAUGUUUAUCAGUUGAUGGGGAUCAACAAGGAGUUGAACGUCUGUUUGGUGCUCUUUCUGCCCAUAUGUGGCCUGGAAUGAGCUUGAAGUCUGGGGAUAAGAUAACUGAACCAUCAUUACCCGAAAAACAAGACUCAUCAGAAGAUGAAAGGGAAUCUGAGUACGAGUUCGACUACGAAAUUUUAUCGGCGGGUUCAGCUGAACCAUGGGAUGAUACAGAAUGGGUUUCUGCCAGUGAUCCAGGAACAUCCUCACAAGUUGCAGGAUCAGUUGCCGAGAAUGUUUCUAGCACAGAAUGUAAUGGGGAGAAUGGAACGAUACACGAUGAAAAGGACCACCAAGCCUUGAAACUGGACGCAUCAUCAAGUGAGAAAACUGAUGAUAUAAAUCAGGCCUCAGCACAGGAUCCCGAUGAGGACUCAGAGCUGGAGCAGGGUGGCGCGAGUUUUGAUUUCAAGGAUUUGGAACAGUUGAUGUCAGAGAUCGGGAAUACUCGUGACAACCUGCGGUUUAUGCCUGAUUUUCAGAGGAGGGAGAUGGCAGCGCAGCUCGCCCUGAAAAUGGCGAGCAUGUUUGGCGGAAGCAGUGACGAAGAAGAGUGAGAUGCUAUAGCAAGGACUCAUGAGGCGGUCAUAUGAUUUUGGAAGUCUUUGUAACUCAUUGCUUCUGAGACUGAUGGCCAUCGACAGAUGUUUCUUGAGCUUGACAGUAUAUGGAAAAGCCUGUCAAGAUAUCCAUUUGUCUUUCCUGCUCCAUCCUUUGUCAUCCCUCACAAAACAGCUCGAAAAUUGAUGUUUCUUUAGGUUCGAGUUAUUCGUCAAUACUAGAUGGCCCGACACGAUUGUAACAGUUUUUAGUAUCCUAACUGCUUUGUGUUGUGUUUUUAUCUUGCCUUCUUAGUUAAUGCACUUAAUAACGUGACUUGGCAUGAUU